AUGGGAUUGGACGGCGACGAAGCGCCACAGGUGCACCACUUUGACCGGCUGGUUCACGGCCACCAUGCAACUUCUGUUGCAUCAACGUACCGGCGGCUAUUACUGGUCAUCGAUGUCUUGUUCGGGGAGCGGUCGCUUUGUGAAUUUUCGCUGAACGAGGACGACGCGAUUGACGAGAACGAAGUGCCGCGGCAGCAACAGCAGCAGCAUCAGCAGCCAGCAGAAGGCAACAGCACUGCGCAGUGGAUGAGGUAUAGUCGGUUGGGUGCUGAGGAAACAAAGAUACGAUUGGAGGAGUCUCAGCCACUGAUGAGCGAAUCAGUCGCCAGCACCAGCCGGGACGACAUCUUUCUGUUGCCUCUCGCAAGCGCCCCCGCCAGCAGCAGCCGAUUCUCGAGCUUCUUCGAUACAAUUAUGUUCAGGCAAGAAUUGCUUUUUAUGCGUUCUCGCGGUGCAGCGCUACAGCCAGCAAAAACGCGUAUUGUCGAAAGAUUGUCUGUGUGUGUAUUCGGAAGCGAGUGA